CCUAUAACAAACUUGAUAUGCUUUUAGUGGAGAGCCGUUAAUCAUCGUACAAGCACUUGUUGUAUUGCGCCGUACUUUGUUACAGGGACCCCUCUGUUGUCGUAUUGGGUGCCCACACAUGGCUUCAGGCCAAUUAAAAAAAAAACAUCUGAUGUGCGCGAUAAACAGGAUCUCCUGUGGAUAAACGCCGCUACAUUGCUUGCCACCAUGACUACCCCUAUAACCGUCACCUUCGAUGCCAAACAUGAUCUUCAGCUGGAUGCUUAUCUGCCUGAUACGUCAGAUAAGGUGAAUGGUCGGGCUCUUAGUGUUCCUGUGAUAAUACACUAUCAUCGCGGAGGCAUGCUCAUCGGUUCCAAGAGCGACAUCUAUCCACCAUUCAUGCCAGUCUAUCUUCAAUCUCGGAAAAUCCUACUCAUCUCCCCCAACUACCGAUUACUUUUCCCGUCCUCUGCAGAUGAUAUGAUAAAGGACGUGCGGUCACUUUUCGCAUACAUCGCUUCUGCCGAAAACGAGCCAUCGUUUAUCCUGUAUUUCAAAGGCCUCUCCGUGGAUACUUCGCGUAUAGUAGUUAUGGGUGUAUCUGGGGGCAAUUACCCUGCCCGAGCGGCAGCGACUCUCAGCAAUAUCGUCCCUAGGCCCAUUGGCUGGCUAGACUUGUUCGGGAUGGGCAGUGAUUGGCUCCUCGAUUUCUGGAUCAAUGGCGUCGACGUGGAGAGAACCAUGCCAGUCGAUACAACACUUCAUGAUAUGGCCAAGCAGAUGAACUGAUGAAGACAGGUGGUGGAGCUGAGGUAUCCGAAGUCGAGAGUGUGCUGGUUGAUGGGAAGGCAACCGACCAGCUGGGACGCUUCAAUCUCUGGAUCGCAUGGCAGAAGCGGGGCAUCUUCCUUGACUAUGUUUUGUCUGAACCUGGACUCUCAGCUCGACUCGCGCAAGUACCGCAUCCGUCUAGGCUAGAGAUGAUACCGGAGGAGAAACGACCAUCAUUGCUCCCCAUCACGCCAGAUACUCCUCCCACUUACGUGCUACAUUCAUGGCAAGGAAGACCUUUUGGUGCCUUUGAAGAGAGUUUGACAUUAGAAAAUGACAUGAAGGAGCACGGACUGUCGGUUGAAACUGACUGGAUUGAUGGGGCUGAUCAUGUUUUGAGAGAUCGAAAGAAGGGCGGAUGGAAUGGAAUGGCGGAUGGUUGGGAAGACAUAGCAAAGAGGGCUGUGAACUGGGCUGUUGAUCUUGUAUGGUAAACACGAAUGAUGAUCAUACAUGGAUUCUUGGCCUCUUGAAGGCUAGCCACUUAUGCUUCGCUGAGCAACUCUCACCAACAGCCUGCAGCUGUGCACCGAAGAUAACUUACUUUUCACGGAGCAAGAAUAGCAAACGGAACACAACUGUAGUUACCAGUUGAAAGAUGCUACUACGGACGGAGAAAAGAAUGCCGUGAUAUCAGCGCUUCGGCGUAAGUCGGCAGCGGAAGGCCCGUGUUGAUAAGUUCUUAUCUGCUUAUCGGUGCUCUGUCCGACAGCGACAAUAAUUAAAUUCUCCAUACUUGCAUAAUGCAGCAUCUUGUGACUAAGGUAGAGCAUAAUUCAGUUCAUAGAUCCAGAAC